AUGGGCUCCAGCAUCUUCCCACUCUGCCUAGCACUUCUAUUCUGUUAUGUUUAUGGUACUCCAGUCUCUGUUGGUCACCUCUCCAGUGAAGCUGCAGCAGAAGAUGAUGCUGGUGAGAUAAUCAAAGACAUUCCAGACAUAAACUUAGCUGCUGGACUGGACCUCUUUCAGGGUGAUAUCAUGCUCCCUAAAAAUCAGCGAAAUGCCCUAAGAGAUGAGACCUACAGAUGGAAGUUCCCCAUCCCCUAUAUUCUGGGUGAUAACCUAGAUCUGAAUGCCAAAGGAGUAAUUCUCCAGGCGUUUGAAAUGUUCCGUCUUAAGUCCUGCAUUGAUUUCAAGCCAUAUGAAGGAGAGAGAACCUACAUAUUCUUUAAAAAAGAAAGCGGGUGUUGGUCCAUGGUGGGGGACCUGCAGACUGGACAGACCCUCUCUAUUGGGGCAGGGUGUGACUACAGAGCAAUUGUGGAACAUGAGAUCCUGCAUGCUUUAGGAUUUUACCAUGAGCAGUCGAGGAUGGACCGGGAUGACUAUGUGACAAUCUGGUGGGAUGAAAUUAUUGCAGGCCAAGAGCACAAUUUUCUGAAGUACAAUGACAGCUUCAUCACUGAUCUGAACACCCCCUAUGACUACGAAUCAUUGAUGCACUAUGAACCAUUUUCAUUUAACAAAAAUGAAAGCAAGCCCACAAUCACGGCGAAGAUACCAGAAUUUGAUAACAUAAUUGGACAACGUCUAGACAUCAGUGCCAUUGACCUGAAAAGACUGAAUCGCAUGUAUAACUGCACUUCAACUCACACUUUUUUGGACCAGUGUUCUUUUGAGUUUGAAAAUAUCUGUGGCAUGAUUCAGGGCACCAGAGAUGAUCUAGACUGGGUCCAUCAACAGAGCAGUGCUACAAGGCAGGAAGACCACACACUUUCUGGGCGCUGUAGAGAUGCUGGCUAUUUCAUGUACUUCAACACCAGCUCUGGCAAGGCAGAUGAGGUGGCAGUCCUAGAGUCUCGAAUCCUUUAUCCAAAGAGAACUCAGCAGUGCCUCCAGUUCUUCUAUAAGAUCACAGGAAGCCUUUCUGACAAGCUGAUCAUCUGGCUUAAAGAGGAUGAUGGCACUGGAAAUGUUCGCAAGAUGAGGAAAAUUCAAACCUUUCAAGCGGAUAAUGACUAUAACUGGAAAAUUGCCCACGUAACCCUCAACGCUCAGAAGAAGUUCCGUUACCUCUUCCAAGGACUAAAGGGCAACUCCAGCUCUACAACUGGUGGGAUUGCUAUUGAUGAUGUCACACUGACAGAGACCCCCUGUCCCACAGCUGUGUGGGUCAUUCGGAAUUUCAACCAAAUCCUCAAAAACACAUCAAGUGAUGUUAUUCAAAGCCCCCGGUUUUAUAGCCCCGAGGGUUAUGGGUUUGGCAUAAGUUUGCAUCCCCACUCCAGAAGCAGUGGCUACACUCGGGUGGCCUUUCACUUGUGCAGUGGAGAGAACGAUGGUGUUCUGGAGUGGCCAGCUCUGAACCGCCAAGCUGUACUCACAGUGCUGGACCAGGACCCUGACGUCUUGAAAAGGAUGUCCUCAAGCAAAAGCUUCACCACAAGCAAAGACCAUGUUAGCUCAGAUGCUAAUGGAACCUUAAUAUGGGAGAAACCAUCAAUUGCUGGAAAAUUUGAUGCCUCGUGCAAUUGUUAUAGAAGUUUAUCAUGGGGGUGGACUAACUUCAUAUCCCACAGGCAGAUGAGACGGAGAAGCUUCCUGAAAAAUGAUGACUUGAUUAUUUUUGCAGAAUUUAAUGAUCUAACUCACCUCAAUAACACUGAAGUCCCUGUCAAACGGGAACAAUCUGCUUUCACGGAAGGCCUCAUUCUUGAAAGGCAGAAGAGAGCAGCCCAGGAUAUGGAGCCCGUUCAAGACCGGCUGCCUUAUCUGCAAGACCCGUGUGACCCAAACCCUUGCCAGAAUGACGGAGUCUGUGUGAAUGUGAAAGGGAAAGCAAGCUGCAGGUGCCCAUCGGGACAAGCCUUCUUCUUUACCGGUGAGAGGUGCCAGUCAAGACAGGUCCAUGGGAGCAUCCUGGGAAUGACAGUUGGUGGAAUUGCUGGAACCAUUGUCUUAACCAUUGUCCUCAUUUCCAUGAUGGCUAGAAGAUAAAGAGCUGCAGUGGGAUAAAUCUCAGCCUGGUAUUUUUCCAUAGUUCAUAAGACACCAGUUUUCAGUGAAAAGCUAUGAAUACAACUUGUAGAAGACCAGUCAGCAAAUGGACGACAUGCUCUAUCAACAUCUUGGCAGCAAUCUGUUUACUCUGUAGGACUUGGCAGUUAAAGAACGUACUGAAAGUUCAUACCCUGCCUCUCUUGUCUAUUCUUUGAAUGUUCCAUUUCUUCAUCCAAUAGCAAGUGGUAGUGCUGAAAGGCCAUGCAUUUACUCUCAACCACAGUUCAAACUUAGAUUAAAUAACUGGUAGGACCUCUCAAAACACUGGAAAAAGUCACACAGAAGCACAUAUAUUAAGAUUCUAGAAAUGUUCCUGUAGAAAUUACUCAAGAAAUCUAAAGGCUACAAAUCCAUAAUUAUGUAAAUCAGCACAUCAAUACUCAUUUUCCAUGGAGCUGUGCUGGUUUACAAAAGCUGAUGAGCUAUUAUAUAGAAUUCAUAGUAAACUACUAUUAUAUAUUUUUGGCCAAUUCUCUAGCAUGGAAAUAAUUUCACAUUAAAGCUAGUUGUCUUUCUAGAUGGCGUAAUCACGUAAGGUUUUCAAACAUUCGAGUGUAAAUCUAUUCUCUGGGCAUAACCCAAAGUUCUUUUAAACAUCUAUAAAGCUCCCUUGAUUUCAGCAGGCAGUGGAUGAAAUUGGAGCAGAUCACCAGUUAUAGGAUUGGAUCUGUAGCGGUUACCAUUAAAUUCGUAUCCCUUUGGAAAUCACAAGUCAUGGAGAGGGGCGGGAGUGUAGGAAGAUGAAGACUGGGUAUGUGAUACUGGUGGGUGCUGGAUAAGGUGUUAACACCCUACAACUUAUUGCAGAUGGCAGGGAGCAACCUAUCUAGUAUGUCCCAAGAUCCCUGUUUUCAGUGCUCUAACAGUUUCCACACUUGAAACUUUGUUAUCCAGGUUUCCUUCAAAAGCAGUUUCUUCUUGUCUGCAUAUCAGAUCAGAAAGAAUUCAGAAUGCAAAUGGUAAAUAAUCGCAGAGGGUGAAGCUAUCUUUGUAUUUAUCAGAUACCUGUCACAAGGCAUGGCAGCCAAGGGAAAAUGCACUCUCAUGGCAGUAGGUUGUACACAGGGAGCUGUUUUCCAUUUGUUUUUACACUUGGAUUCAUCCUGGUGCUCACACCAGUCUUGUCAGUAGGGACAAACCAUCCAUUUAGUUAAGGCAUUAUCAGCAAGUUAAUACUCUGUCCCUCUUAUUCUCUGCGUCUAGAAUAAAAUCAAAACAAACACUUCCUGGAACAUUUUUGACCAUCUGGCUGGACCUCACCACAGGCAGUUACAGAUCCGAUUACCUUCUGCCAGCUGGAUUAGGGGACUCCUUUUUGGGUCAAAGGAGUCUCCCACCCAAGUUGACAAGCUUAUAAAUUACGCAGGUUUAUGGAAUGAAAGACGAGAUGUAUAAAGAUGAAUAAAA